ACCAGACCUUCUCUGGUUCCCUGACCUCAGUGAGAUUGCAGCCGGUCCGGGGAACUGGGGGAGACAUGAAGAACGAGACGGGGGAUCCCCUGGCUGGAGCUGAUGGACAGAGUAGACAGUCAUGGCUGGAGAAUUGGAUAUCAGACUAAUGUCUGACCUCUGGAAACAUCCCUUACAGGACGUCCGGUCAAAAUUCCCUAGGUAGGAGGGUCAUCAGCUGGAAAGAACCGGAGCCUGGGGGGACCUGGCGGGCUAGGUAUGGGGGACCCAGGCCAGUCCCCUAGUGCCUGGUCCCCCCAUGGCAAUCCCCCAACUCUAAGCACUCUCACUCUCCUGCUGCUCCUCUGUGGACAUGCUCAUUCUCAAUGCAAGAUCCUCCGCUGCAAUGCUGAGUAUGUAUCGUCCACCCUGAGCCUUAGAGGUGGGGGUUCGCCUGGAGCCUUCCGAGGAGGAGGAGGAGGAGGAGGAGGAGGAGGAGGAGGAGGAGGAGGAGGAGGAGGAGGAGGAGGAGGAGGAGGCGGAGGAGGAGGCGGAGGAGGAGGAGGAGGAGGAGGAGGAGGAGGAGGAGGAGGCCGGGGUGGAGGGGUGGGCUCCAGCGGCCUCUGUCGAGCCCUCCGCUCCUACGCACUCUGCACUCGGCGCACGGCCCGCACCUGCCGCGGGGACCUUGCCUUCCACUCUGCGGUGCACGGCAUCGAAGACCUGAUGAUCCAGCACAACUGCUCCCGCCAGGGCCCCACCGCCCCUCCCCCGCCCCGAGGCCCCGCCCUGCCGGGCGCCGGCCCGGUCAGGUCCUCUGGCCCUCCAGCCCCUGACCCCUGUGACUAUGAAGGCCGGUUUUCCCGGCUGCACGGUCGGCCCCCAGGCUUCCUGCACUGCGCCUCCUUCGGGGACCCCCACGUGCGCAGCUUCCACCACCACUUUCACACGUGUCGUGUCCAAGGAGCCUGGCCCUUGCUGGAUAAUGACUUUCUUUUUGUCCAGGCCACCAGCUCCCCCGUGGCAUCGGGGGCCAACGCCACCACCACCCGGAAGCUCACCAUUAUAUUUAAGAACAUGCAGGAAUGCAUCGAUCAGAAGGUCUACCAGGCUGAGGUGGACAAUCUUCCUGCAGCCUUUGAAGAUGGAUCUAUCAACGGAGGUGACAGACCUGGGGGCUCAAGUUUAUCCAUUCGAACUGCUAACCCUGGGAGCCAUGUGGAGAUCCAAGCUGCCUAUAUUGGCACAACUAUAAUCAUUCGGCAGACAGCUAAGCAGCUCUCCUUCUCCAUCAGAGUAGCUGAGGAUGUGGCCAGGGCCUUCUCAGCUGAGCAGGACCUGCAGCUCUGUGUUGGGGGAUGCCCUCCAAGCCAGCGACUUUCUCGUUCAGAGCGCAGUCGUCGGGGAGCUAUCACCAUUGAUACCGCCAGACAGCUGUGCAAGGAAGGGCUACCAGUUGAAGACGUUUACUUCCAUUCCUGUGUCUUUGAUGUUUUAAUCUCUGGUGACCCCAACUUUACUGUGGCAGCUCAGGCAGCUCUGGAGGACGCCCGAGCCUUCCUGCCAGACUUGGAAAAAUUGCAUCUCUUCCCCUCAGAUGCGGGGGUUCCUCUUUUCUCAGCAACCCUCCUAGCCCCACUCCUUUCUGGGCUCUUUGUUCUGUGGCUUUGCACUCAAUAACUAGGCUAGCAAUCCUGUGACUGGCUUAGAAAUGAUUUGGGGAUAGAGAUUGACAAGGAAGAACAUAAAGAAUCACUGAAGGAAACAGUGGGGGACUAGAAGACACAUGAAACAAUGACAUUUAUCUGGAGUAAGGUAAGGCUGCAGUUCAGGCUUGAAAUGAUCACAGAAUAAGGAUUCUGGGCAAGGUUUCUGCAUUCCAGACCUCUGUAGGGGUUCUUCACCAAUUUUCCCAGUCUUGUUUAUAAUAAGCAAAUUGUUCCAGUCCAUCUACUCCUGAGAUCACCCCUACAAGCUUAGAGGUUAUAAGGGUCCUGAUGAUCAGUAGAAAAAUUAAGGGUUGAGACUUUCAACAGGGAAGAACUGAAAGAGAAAGACAUGAUCAUAACCCAUCAGAAACUCAAAAUCUAAUAUUUUCUCUUGGAAGAUGGAAAGAAGAGGAAAUGACAGGGGCAAGAGUCUGUUUGAUAAGCUUAUGUGGGUAAGAUGUGUUCUGCUUUCUUGGUUCACAAAUGAAGCAGGGGUUGUCCGGACCUUUGGGGAAGGGAAUCUCUGUCUUUGGAGAGUGCCACAGACAGGAAGGAAGCUAUCAUCCCCACCCCUAAUUAAUUUGUUAUUAAAGCUAUAAAUUA